AUGACUGAAAAUAAUGCAUGGGGUGGGAGUAAUGCAGUCAAAUCUACUGAAAGUAAUAAAAGCAUAGAAAUUAGUUUGAUAUCAAAAUCACGUAUACUUGUGAUAAAAUCAUCAAGUAAAUCAAAUAGUCUAGCAAGUAGAAAUAGUAUUGACAAGAUUGUCAAAUCAUCAUCUAAUAAAAAUAAUUCAUAUAAAUCAUCAACUACUUCACCAGCGGUGGUUGUAUCAUCAAGUAGAUUUUACUGGCCUACCACCUCCAUCAAAGCAAGUAAUGCAGUCAAAUCUACUGAAAGUAAUAAAAGUGAUGAUACUGAAAAUGAUUCAAAAAAGAAACAAAAAAAGAAGAAAUUAGUUUGA